CCGGGACUUUCCUUUUCUUCUUGGUUAAAAUUUUUUUUUACAAGAGAUGGCACAACCUAUUAGUUCUCAUUCGCAAACAACGUCUCAAAGCCCACCACCGCCUAUUCCGACCAUAGCCGUAGACGGUAUCCAGCCGAGCACAAGACAACGAGCAUUUUCAUUUUCGAACCUAGUAAAACGAACAAGAAGAGCUUAUUCAGUUUCAUCCGCUUAUCCGGUCAAAGUUCACCCUUCUUUAGCUCUACCUACACCCAAAUCAUCAGCAGACUUAUGCUUAUCCGCCGAUGGACUCGAAAUCCAAAAGAUGAAGGUGCCUUCCUUGACACCUGCACAGCGAAGAAAUUCAAUUGCGGCAGCUCAAAGAAAGUACGAGGAUUUCGAACAGAAAAUUGAAGCUGCACCUUUGUUUGUACUAGUGUCAACCUAUCUCAAUUAUUUCAUCUUGAUUUUAUUUGGUCAUGUGCGUGAUAUUAUGGGAAAAUUGUUUAAAAGAAAAGAAUACGCUCAUUUGCGUAUGAGUGAAGGCUAUGCUCCCCUUGUAUCCGAUUUCGAUUCCUUUUAUACCAGACGAAUGUACUUGCGUAUUAGAGAUUGUUGGAACAGACCUACAACAGGUGUACCGGGCAGAAAAAUUACUAUUCUGGAAAGAGAGUCCAAAGAUUUCAACUUGUCAUUCAGAUUGACUGGAAAGAAAAUGGAAGCCACUAAUUUUUCAUCGUAUAAUUACUUGGGAUUUGCUCAAAAUGAAGGUUUUUGUGCCGAUCAAGUUGAGGACUGUGUGAAAGAAUAUGGCAUGAGUAGCGGUAGUACUCGUUUAGAAGCAGGUACACUUGAUAUCCAUCAACAUCUCGAGAAAAAGGUGGCGAAUUUUGUAGGUAAAGAGGAUGCAAUCAUUGUCUCCAUGGGUUUCGCAACAAAUUCAACCACCAUUCCAUCACUGGUUGGCAAGGGCUGUUUGGUAAUUAGUGAUGAAUUAAAUCACAGCUCUAUUAUUUUCGGUGUGCGUUUAUCAGGAGCAUCUGUUCGAGUAUUCAAGCACAACAAUAUGAUUGAUCUUCGAAAUCUAUUACGUGAAGUUAUUUCUCAAGGUCAGCCUAGAACACAUCGUCCUUGGAAAAAAAUCGUGAUUAUUGUGGAAGGAUUAUAUUCUAUGGAAGGCUCCAUUGUGAAUUUACCAGAGUUGAUUAAAUUGAAGCAGGAAUUCAAGUUUUAUCUCUACGUGGAUGAGGCACAUUCCAUUGGUGCCCUCGGUGAAAAUGGCGGUGGUGUGUGUGAUUUCUAUGGUAUCAGUCCAAAGCAUGUGGAUAUCAUGAUGGGUACCUUUACAAAGUCAUUUGGUGCCGCUGGUGGUUAUAUUGCUGGCGAUAAAGCCGUCAUUGAUCAUUUACGAGUCAAGAAUCAUGCAUUCUCUUAUGCAGAAACCAUGUCUCCACCCGUCAUUCAACAAGUCAGUUCCAGUAUGGGCAUCAUCAUGGGUGAGGAUGGCACCAAUGAUGGCGUGAAUCGUAUUCAUAAUUUAGCAGAGAAUGCUCGUUACUUUUCUAAUGAACUGAGAAAGUUGGGAUUUAUCGUAUACGGUGAUGAAGGAAGUCCUGUGAUUCCCUUGUUAUUAUUUAACCCUGCCAAAGUUUCCGCAUUUUCAAGAGAAAUGUUAAAACGAGGUAUUGCAGUUGUUGUGGUGGGAUACCCAGCUACGCCCAUUAUCAGUUCAAGAGCCCGAUUCUGUCUAUCAUCAGCACAUACGCGUGAGGAUCUUGAUAAGGCUAUUCGAGAUAUUAGUGAGGUAGGCGAUCUUCUCUUGAUCAAAUUCAAAUCAACUUGAUUUUGUACAUAUUCAUAUAAACUUGCGGCAUAUCAAUUGGGGGUCGAAAAAUAAAUAAAAAAUAUAUUUUUGCCUCUCUCUCU